ACAGUCUCUUUGAUGGCUUCGUCUUGUGUGUAUGGCAAUGAUUAGAUCGAGUCUUUGUAUAGCCGUGUAGGAAAACUGUGUCGAAUAAUUGUAUUAAAAAGUCUUAAUGUAUUCAUUCUGAUGAAAGCAUUACGGUACAGCUUUUAACGCGUCAGACGAGCCGAAAGAGUUUGGUUGUCUUAUUUCGUUGUUGAUUGAAUCGAGCAGUUUGAGAGGCUCUUUUAUUCUGCGUGGUGUAACAAUAGUUCUACCGGAAUGUAAACACUAAUUCCACAGCAUUGCAAAACUCAUGAUCUGCAAAGGGUCUGCUGAAUAUUGUAGGCCAAAGAAAGACAACAAUCUGGGUUCCAGUAGUUGGCCAGUUGCUCUUUUGCCAUCCACCAGUCAGGAUCUCUCUUCAUUGCCUCAUGCCAAAGGAGAAUUUAUACCUUGGAUCAUCAUUUUGCUGAUUAUGUGCCAGUGAACUUUGCCACUUGUGGUUGUUACAUUUAAGUUUCUGUGUAUGUAAGUGUGCUCAUCGUUUCUUCAUCCUACAACUACAUCAUCUCAAAUCAGUCAAAACAAUCCAUACUACAAAGAUGAAGCCUGGUCUCCCUGCCUCAGUUUCUCCCGCCGAAUACCAGUGGGCUUACUCGAUUGUCGAUUCGUCGCGAGUUUCUACUUUCCUCAUUUCCAUCUUGCUCAUCGUCUAUGGAAGUUUCAGAUCUUUGAAUUUGGAACAAGAAGCUCAAGGCAAACAGUUGGAAAAAGACAAAGAACGGGCCAGUUUGACGGGCAUCACGACGCCCUCAGUUCCGGCUGAACCCAGUACUUAUAGCUAUGUUCAGACAUUGGAUACGAUGCAAGCGUUGUGCUUACCGCUUGGCGCAUCCGUUUCCCUCCUUGUCAUGUUCUUCUUCUUUGAUUCGAUGCAGCUGCUUUUCGCCGUCUGUACGGCCAUUAUCGCAACAGUAGCUCUGGCUUUCCUCCUGCUACCGAUGUGCCAGUAUCUCAGCCGGCCGUGCACUUCUGGAACAAAUAAAAUCUCGUUUGGCAUCUGCGGCCGUUUUACCGGCGCUGAGCUACUUUCGUUCAGCAUGGCCCUCACCAUCGUUUGCGUCUGGAUACUAACCGGUCAUUGGCUUUUGAUGGAUGCUAUGGGCAUGGGUUUGUGCGUGGCUUUCAUCGCUUUCGUCCGGCUGCCCAGUCUGAAGGUGUCGACACUGUUGCUGACGGGCUUGCUGGUCUACGAUGUUUUCUGGGUCUUUUUCUCAUCCUACAUUUUCAACGCCAACGUGAUGGUCAAAGUGGCGACACGUCCGGCUGAGAACCCAGUUGGCGCCAUGGCCAAAAAAUUCCAUUUUGCUUCGGGGAUGGCCCGCGACGCGCCCAAACUUUCGUUGCCGGGCAAGCUCGUCUUCCCUAGCAUGCAUAACGUCGGCCACUUUUCCAUGCUGGGCUUGGGCGACAUCGUGAUGCCCGGCCUGCUGUUGUGCUUCGUCCUCCGCUACGACGCCUACAAGAAGUCGCAAUUGCUCCAUUCGGCCGAAACGGGAGUCCCUCCGCCCAACCAUUUCAACCGAAUCACGUACUUCCAUUGCUCGCUGAUUGGCUACUUUCUCGGCCUGCUGACAGCCACCGUCUCGUCCGAGUUCUUUAAAGCCGCCCAGCCCGCGUUGCUGUACCUGGUGCCAUUUACGCUACUGCCCCUUCUCGUUAUGGCCUAUCUCAAGGGUGAUUUGAGACGGAUGUGGGAUGAACCUUUCAUCGCUCCCCCGCAACCUAAACAACUGCAUGUAUAAAUA